AUGGCGCAGCUCAUUCCAAGCAACACACCUCUUCGGGAGUUUAAAGAUCAUAAGGGGACCAUAUGGGCAGUCGCAGUUUUCCUCGAUAGACAACGAAUGGUUACCGGCUCGUUGGACAAGACGGUUUGUCUGUGGAACUUGGAGACAGGUGUUGUGUUGAAGAAGAUGGAGGGGCAUGGCGAUAUGGUGAUGUCAUUGGCAGUGUCACAAGAUGGGAAACUGGUAGCAAGUGGUGAUUACAGCGGAGAGUUCAUCAUCUGGCACGGAGAAACUGGCGAACCUCUCACCCAGCCCAUCAAAGCCCACUCUCAUAUGGGAUUAUUGAACUUUUCACCCGAAGGAGCAGUGCUUGCCACUUGUGGAGACAAAAUGGUGAAACUGUGGAGUACGAAAACAUGGGAGAUCCAAGGAGAUCCAAUCAUUUGUAGUGAUUAUGUCCACUGCUUCCGGUAUUCGCCGUCUGGCGAACUUCUUGCCAUUGCAACAUUCAGCAACAUCGAAAUUCAUAAUCUAGGCACAAGGGAAUGUGUCACAAAGCUCAAGCUCAAGGCUCACACACCUUAUUGGCACAACUCACUCAGGUGGACGCCUGAUGGCACACGCCUUCUCUUAGGGGACAGUGCCACCAUACGGGAGUGGGAUACAUCAACCUGGAAGGAGGUCGGUGAUGGCUGGAUGGGCCAUACUGACACAAUCAAUGCCAUUGCCAUCAACCCCGCUGGUACACUUGUCGCUUCCGCAUCUGACGACAAGCAUAUCCUCCCUAUCAAUAUGUCAUCGUCAAUCCGUGAUGCAUGCAUUGCCGGGGACUUGUCUACCGCUGAAAUGCUACUCACGCAAGAGAUUGACACUGAUGCCGACGACUACCACGCCUACGCCAAUCGCUCAAUUGCUAUGGCGCGACAACAUCAGUGCGACCACGCGCUUCAGGAUGCAAUCAAGUCCAUCAGCAUUAAGCCUUCCUUGAUGGGCUAUAUCUCUAAAGGUAUUGCCCUCUCUGAACAAAGGGCAGUUCUACGACUCGAUGCAAGCGUUCGACAUGGCGUUCAUGCACGUUACAUGUUUAUUACAUACUCCCCACUUCAUUUCAGUUUUCAGGCCAUCGCUAUUUUCGACACAGGACAUCAUGAAGAGGCAUUUCUUCGCGUCCGAGAGCUAGCUUCCGCUUGUCCGAAUAAUGAUACCCUUACAUGUCGUGCCAUAGAAGCAUAUCUGUCUAUUCAACUCGGAAUCAGCGCCUCAGAUGGCGCACGUUACGAAGGAGCUGCUGGCCACUUCGCUGCCGCUGUCAACUUCAGUGCUUUCUCAACCAUCCCAACUAUUUACGACGACUUGGUGGUGCUCUUUGGAUGGGACCUCGAGUCAAUGUGGCUGACUGCAAGCCAGAAACUCUGCCAGGCUUCGCUUUCAGCAGGUAAAGUCAAAGAAGCCCUCGAAGCACACCAAUCCAUGAUGGACACCAUUCAUGAAACUACGAAGGCCGGCUGCCUUGACUGGUCCAACGGCAACUCAGAAUGCUAUGUGCCAUAUCUUGCCGACGGUGAUGCAGCCCUCGCUGCAGGCGAUUACGACACGGCUAUUGACUUAUACUCUGUGGCAAUCGACCUGAAUUCUGCAAAUGAUGCCAUCUUUGCAAACCGCAGCGAAGCAAAAUUGGGGGAAAAUGCUAUGGGAGGAUGCACUUCUCGAUGCGCAAAAGUCAAUCCCUCGUCUCACGUUGGAUACCAGCUGAAGCAUGCAGCGCUUCGUGGCGCACAACGCUAUGACGAAGCUAUCGAGACCUUCAACAUCAUGUUGUCCAAGUUAGAUGAUGCUCCCGACGCGCAGAUGCGAGAGCUGCGUGCGCAGUAUGUCUCUCCAUCCGAAGUAGACGACGCUAUUCGAAAUGCCAUCUGGAUCGAACUCGAAAAUACCCCGCUUCGUCUACUUAACACCUCCACAGGUCUCUUGUGCGAUCGAACGGCACAGAUAAACGCCUUCAAAAUGAGCGCAGAAUACAAGGAGCUGUUGUCGUUCACAACGAAGCAUUCAGACCUCCGAAUGAACCGCAUCAACGAAGUGGUGGCAAAGUACUUCCGGUGUGUUCUGCUAUCACACAGGUGGGAAGAGACGGAGUUGCUGCUGCACAACAUCCAAGACAAAGUUGUGUACGAGUUGAAUCCUGUUGGCGGCAUCGUGAAAUUGCAGUCAUUCUGCAGAACAGCUCGUGAUGCGGGGUACUUCUGGGCAUGGAUGGAUACAUGCUGCAUCGACAAGAAUAACAAUACAGAGGUCCAAGAAUCGAUCAAUUCCAUGUUCAUCUGGUAUCGCCACUCAGCGCUUACCAUCGUCUACCUGAGCGAUGUUCCUCCUUUAUCCAUGUCUGGCGCAUUGGCAAGGAGCGCUUGGAACAAGCGAGGAUGGACCUUUCAAGAAUUUGUCGCUCCUCAAGUUGUCCUCUUUUACACCAAGGAUUGGACAUUGUAUCUUGACGACCACUCUCCCAACCACAAAGAAUCUACUGCAAUCAUGGAGGAGUUGGAGGGUGCGACGGGUAUGGAUCGACAGGCCCUCGUUGCCUUCCGUCCAGGGAUGAGCGGCGUCCGAGAGAAACUUCGACGGGCAUCGUCACGCCGCACCACAUUGCAAGAAGACAUCGCCUACUCAUUGUUCGGCAUCUUCGGUGUCCAGCUACCUGUCAUUUAUGGCGAGAAGAAACAAAACGCACUCGGGCGGCUCUUGCAGGACAUAGUAGCUCGGUCGGGCGACAUUACGGCCCUCGAUUGGGUCGGAAAAUCCUCCGAGUUCAAUAGUUGUCUUCCAGCCGACAUUACUUCAUAUGCGGCUCUGCCAUGCGCCCUGCCAUCUUUGUCUGAAGAUGAGAUUCAGACAAUGGUCUCUUCGCUGCGAGAUACCGUGGCUGCAGGGUUGGCUUCGAAGCUUUAUACCAAGCUUCAGAACAUGAGCGCUCCUCGCUUCGCGAACUGCAGACUACAUCUGCCUUGCAUUGUAUUCCGUGUCACGGAAGCAGACGGGCUUCGUGACCUGCUGAUCACCACCGACGACAAAAUUAUCCAGUUCUCGCGGGGAAAGCCCACUCAACAAACAUUCUUCCUUGUCCGUCCAUGGGAUCGUCGUCUCCUCGAGCUGCCUGACUUCGAAGAGCAGCCUACCAUUGCAGAUGAUGUGGAGAGCUUGGGAGAGUGGCUCGAGCCCGAGUCUCCGUUGGACGACUCUCCUGGCAGUUCCCCUGUAGAACAAGAGCUGGUUGAUUCGGAAUCGAGCGAGCGAGCAUCACGAUUGAUAGUUCGCCUUGGCCAACCUUUCGGGGCAUUUUUGCUAGCGCAGCUGCGCAUCGGAGAAUACAAAAGGAUUGCACCGGAUCAUAAUAUCAUUGCUCAAGUCAAAGACGUAGCUUCUGUUCGCAGCAUGAUGAACGUCAGAACCCUAGAAAUAUUGUAA